ACCUAAGAGAACCCUGUACAGUAAGAAAUACGGUGUGGACCUCAUCAGAUACACUCAUGCGGCAAACACAGUUGUUUACAGCUCUAACAAAAUAGAUGAUACUAUUCGCUACCUGUCCUUGCAUGACAACAAAUAUAUCAGGUACUUUCCUGGACAUAGCAAAAGAGUGGUGGCCUUAUCCAUGUCACCCGUGGAUGAUACUUUCAUUUCUGGAUCUCUUGAUAAAACCAUUCGACUUUGGGAUCUCCGGUCUCCUAACUGCCAGGGUCUCAUGCAUCUACAGGGCAAGCCGGUUUGUUCUUUUGAUCCAGAAGGGUUAAUUUUUGCUGCUGGUGUCAACUCUGAAAUGGUCAAGCUUUAUGACCUUCGUUCUUUUGACAAGGGGCCAUUUGCAACCUUUAAAAUGCAGUAUGAUCGGACUUGUGAAUGGACAGGACUUAAGUUCAGCAAUGAUGGCAAGCUCAUACUUAUUUCCACCAAUGGCAGCUUCAUCCGUCUCAUUGAUGCAUUCAAGGGAGUGGUGAUGCACACAUUUGGGGGUUAUGCCAACAGCAAAGCUGUCACACUAGAGGCUUCAUUUACUCCGGACUCUCAGUUUAUUAUGAUUGGUUCAGAAGAUGGCAAGAUCCACGUUUGGAAUGGUGAGAGUGGUAUAAAAGUAGCAGUAUUGGAUGGUAAACACACAGGCCCCAUUACCUGUUUGCAGUUCAACCCUAAGUUCAUGACAUUUGCCAGCGCAUGUUCCAACAUGGCCUUCUGGUUGCCCACCAUUGAUGAUUGAUUCUGAUGCUGUUUGGCUAAUUGUGAAUAGUGAAGGUGGCCAGCAGGAAAAACUCAGAGAGGACUGAGCUUAACAGUGAGAUUGGAUCAUUUGACUGCGCUGGAGAACAUCCUUUCACAUGGCCUUCCCCUGGAUGUGCUGUACGUGCUGUACAUCUGCUCAAAAGAAAAAAUUACUUUGCUGAGCUUCUUCAGAAGGAUUCAUGGUGCCACAGAUUCAUUUGGGACUUGGCCUUUGCAGCUGUCACCGCACCAAGCUCCUCCAGAGGAGUGACCAGACUUGUAAUUAGGUUAUAGUGGAGCGCUCAACGCGCCUUCAAUUUUGAAUGUAAUUGCUGCUGAGGAGCCAGUGAAAUUGUCAGUUCUGCACAUCCAUUUUCCCACCCCUAAAAAUGCAUGGGAAGCCGAAGUUCUGGUUUUGAGACGCUAGGGAAACUCAUUGCCCCUUGCCCUCUCCCUGCAUGUCUUGUUACUGGGUCUCCCUGUGUACUUAUGGCAUUAUUCCACAGUCAUCAUGUUUCUUAGGUGCCAAACAUUUACAGAAGUCUUCAUACACCUUGGGGUCAGAUACUGUAGAACCUUGCUUGUGAGGAAGCCAUGCAUUUAGCCCGGUGAGAAUGGGUGGUGUAGGCAGGCCUCAGGCUCUGAUGUUGGGUAGGAAAAGGCCCAAGAGCCUGCAAGGGGAAGGAAGCAGUUAACAGGUGAGUUCCUAGGGUUGGAAGGUUUACCAGCAGUCUAAUGUAGUCCCCCCAUCAAGGCAAACCCACAGUCAUCCUGGGUGCCUACCAAGCUUGGUUUGUACAAAAGCAAGGUAGGAGUCUAUUUUUGUACCUGAGAUGUAUCACGCUUUCCUGUGGGCCAGUAUUGUGGAGUGAGUGAGUUUACACUGAUGCCUUCCUUCCCUGCCCAUCACACAUUGUGUACAUAGUCUCCAGAUGACACUCCUUCCUCAUGCCCCCUCCUUUCCCCAGCUUCCGCUCAAGAGCUGGUUCUAGGCCUGUGUUAUAUUUAGCCUUUUUAUAUAUGACCUUUGAUUUGUUUGUAUUCUAGCACAGCGUGUGCACCUCCACUUAAGUAUAUUUGUGUAUACAUAUAUGCAUAUACCUGCAUAUGCAUAUCUGUCUUUCUGUAGCUUCUCAAAGUUCAGCCUAAGGAGAUAGAGUUCUGCAGCCCAAGAGAAAGAUUACAUCCUUACUAAUAGUGUUUGCCACAAGUGUUAGUCUUCCCUGUUACCUUUUUCCCUUUGGAAGACUAAAUAAAACAAAGCUUCUAGUGCUUGCUGUUUCCAUGGCAGCUAAGUGAGGGUCUUGGGAUGACUCUCCUGUGUUCUUAAAGCCGUACUUUGGAGCCCUCUCUACAGUGUUAACUCUUUUUUUGCCUGGUGAUGCUCUGCGCUUACAUACAUGUGACAGUCUUUGCAUGGCUUCUGUGCCUGGCUUGCAGCAUUUGGGAACAGGAUGCUGGAACCAAAGUAUUUUUAGUUUGAAGCAACUUUGCCAAUUGUAGGUCAUUCCCACUUAGCUGGUAUGUCUGCUUUCUUGGUUUUUCUUGCCUCCUAUUGAGAGGAGGGGGCUUUAGCUAGGCCCAGGUUGAAAUGAACUACAGACAGGCCAUGGCCUUUUCUUCCCCUACAUGGCCAUCUUGGAGCAGAGCAAGUGGCAUCUUACUAAGCUCCCAACCAGAUAUUUAUGUAGGCAAUACUCCCUGCAGAUCCAGAAAUUGGCCCAACAAGGUUAUGACUUUCCCAAGGGUUUACAGCUGCUAGAGCUAAAUCAAACCAUCACUGCUUCUGUUAAGCAGCAAGCAGAAGCUAUGAAUGAUUAGCCCAUUUUAUUUAAAGCAAUUACUUUUUAACUUGUUACUUAAACUGAAAGAGCAAGACUAUACAUCUUUCCCAAAAGCAGAUAAAAUCUGCAACUGCCACCAUGCCACCCCUAUGUAGUUCUGCCUUCCCAGAGUAUAGCGACUUUAGGAACCAGAUGAUAGGAGCUGUUAACUGCCCACCUUUUCAAGGUAGAAAAUUCACGUUAGGACUAACUUCAGAGAGAGUGCUUGAACUCAUGGGUUAACAAGAAAGACCAUGUAACUUACUAAUCUGUAAUGACAACUUGCCCAGCAGCAGGAAUAAUUUGUGUUUGAGUUCCUGUGUCUGAAGUACCAUGUCCUUUGAAAAUAUGGCAGCUCACAGCCUCUGCUCCUGGGCCCUGUGGCACUACAGUUGGCUCCAGAGUUGCUCAGAAAAGGGAAAAGAUGCAGCUGUAGUGACCUGGGGAACUAGGGUGGUAGAGAUAAGAGAGAAGGAAGAAUUUAGGCUGAGAGCUGUACUGCAGGGAGGUAUUAGUGGCCGGGUGCUUAAGCUCUCCUAAGUGGGGAGGGGCUGCUCAUCACCUGAAGACUUAAGGCCAAAGCCACUUUGUGAUAGUGAUACUACACUGCUAAACCACCAGCCAGUAGGGUAUCUUUUAAAUAUUCCCUGUUGCAAUCAUAAUUAUUGCUUUUUAAAAUUUUAGGAAUUUAUACAAUCAGUUUGCUACCCAAAUGCUACAUAGCACUGUUAAAUCUUUUGGUGUUAAAUGUUCCUCUAGAUAUUUCUGUGCAUAGAUUUUUUUGGUGUGUUUACAUAGUUGUUAUUCUACUGUACAUACGAUUUUAUGUCCCUUUUGUACUUAACAUAUAAACAUUUUUUCCAUGUUACCAGUCUUAAAACA